UUUUUAGUAAGGUAACCCUUGGCCGCUUAAAAGAAAGUGUAUUUCCUUUGAAGCACAAAUUGUGUCGUUCUUUGGACGCCAUAUUUCUUCACUUCCCUCACCUUGUUCAUCCACAAAACCUUUCUCCAACUCUCACUACUUCUUCUUCGAACCAUACACACAUCACAAUCCGUGUCUUGAAAUCCAACCUUGAAGGCUCUACACUUGUUGGCCCAAACUCUCAUGCCAUUCUCUCUCCACCCAACCACCACCAACCACCCAUCAUGGAACCUUCUACACCCCACUAAUCAAAAACCCCUCUUUUCGAGGAAAGUCUCCGUCUUUUCCUCUCUCAGAACCUGCGCCUCCGAUGGGGGCGUGGCCGAAGGUUCGCCGCCAAUUCGCCUUCCCUUCGCGGUGGUGAGGGGCCCCACCGAAGUUUCUAGAUUCUUCUGGAGCGGGAGCUGCCUGCAGGAGGCUGUCACCGUCGACGGUGCCCGUGGCCAUGGCCGUGGCCGUGGUGCUGACGUGGACUUCGGUGAUAGGUUGGUGAGGGCCGUGUGGGGCUUCUUCAUUCCGAGACGGGUCGCGGGGAAUUACGUGGAGUAUGUCAAGUGGAAGCUUCUGCACCGGGUUUUCAGCUCCGCGCUUCAAGUGCUCGCCACCCAGGCAAUGUUUGCAGCCAUGGGAGUUGGAUUCUCCAGUUCCCUUCCAUCAGCUGCUGCCCUUAAUUGGGUCUUAAAAGAUGGUCUCGGACGACUAAGUAGAUGCAUAUACACCGCUAGCCUAGCUUCUGCUUUCGAUACAAAUUUAAAGAGGGUCAGGUUUACAACAUCUGUUCUUUUUGUUGCAAGCAUUGGACUGGAGUUACUUACUCCUGCAUUCCCUCAGUGCUUCCUGCUUCUUGCAACUAUUGCCAAUAUUUCUAAACAAAUAAGCCUGGCUUGUUACUUAGCAACUCGGUCAGCUGUUCAUCAAAGUUUUGCUAUAGGAAACAACCUUGGAGAAAUUUCUGCUAAGGCACAGAUUCAAACAGUGUGCUUUGAUAUCCUUGGUCUUACGUUUGCAGCACUUGUUAAUCUGUGGAUAGAGAACCAUCGAAGACGACAAGCAGGUCUCCGUUACUUUAUUUAUCCCUUUUUUGCUGCUAUGGACCUCUUUGGGAUUUAUCAAGGACUAAAGCAUGUCCAUCUGCAAACCUUGACUAAGGAUAGGCUUGAAAUUAUUCUGAACACUUGGAUUGAGUGUGGAUAUGUGCCCUCUCCUGCAGAGGUGAGUGCGAAAGAAGGAAUUGACUUUCUGGGAGUUAAAGGUAAAUGCUUGUGGCCAAUUAGAAUAGGAUGCUUAAAUAUCAAGGACCAAAUACCCAAGUGGUCAAUAAAGACAAUACAAUGUAUAACAGACGAGGAUUAUUACUUUGUGUGCAUGAAGAUCUUCAAAGGAUUAAAAAAAACAGGGCAGCCAUCUAUCCUUCUGUCCAUGCGUGAAGGAGCCGAAGCAGCACAUAUAAUUACGGGUUUGUUGCAGGCUUGCUACAUUAGAAGGGCUCUACUUAUGAACAGUAGUAGGUGGGAGAUUAUAAUAGAGGAAAGCAAUGCAUCAGACUCAACAAUGGAGGAUUGGUCUAUAAUUGUUGAGGAUGCCAAGAGAUCUGCAGAAAGGGAUCUAUCAAAAUUGAUAGAACAAAUGUUGGGAAUGGGUUGGAUGGUGAAGAACAUUCUAUUGUCAACACAAGAGCAAACUCGAUACAGUUUUGUAUAUGAUUAAAGAUUUUUUCAAAAUUUGGCUGGCUCCUUAAUUUAAUGGGAGUGUUUGGGGAUUACCAUUCAUUUUAAGGGUAGACUAAAUAAUGUUAAUGGUCAAAAAGUUGUGUAGUAUAUUCACAAGUUUCAUUUUAUGUUGGACGGUAUUUUUUAUGCCAUGCAUUGAAUAUAUUAUGUAUACAUAUGUAGAAACUCAGUCAGUAUGUAUGAAUGCGCCAGUAUCACACAAGGCGAUUUUAUUCUUUCCUAACUAA